GCCUUUUGUAUGGAAAUAAAGCAAAGCAAUCCAGUUUUAAAGAGAUAAAAGGACAAUAGAAUUGUGCCAAGUGAGACAUCAGCUCACUGAACAUCUGCAAGUGUGGCUGUAGAGCCCAAUUCUUUAGUGGUAGUGCCUCCCCUACUUUUCUACUGUUACCUACAUGGAAAACAACAGGAAGUCAAGACUACAAUAUUAUUCCAUGUGCAUAAAUAUGGCUAAAUUGGACCCUGAAGCAUUGACCCAAAACACUGAUCUUGUCUGUGAAUUGGAGGAGUGAUUUUUAUAAGAAGAACAAACAAGUAAUUAUCAUUUUUCUUUCUUUCUUUUUUUUUGUAGAACUCUUACUCAAAGGUCACAGGAACCUGAUUCCUUAAGUCUGUCCUGUAGCUAGCUGCCAACUGCAUCCAAGAAGAAAGGUUCAUGGAAAAGGGUGCCAUGAAGCCCAAGUUUACAACUUCUGAGAUAGAGCAACAAAACUUCUCUAGGAAUAUUGCCCUGGGUUCAGUGACUUAGCCUAAUGUUUUUAUAAUGGAGAAGGAGGCAAGCCAGCUGGAGAAGGACCAUGUCCAUCAUGUGUAUGAGAAAAUUGCUCCUCACUUCAGUGACGCACGCUACAAAGCUUGGCCAAAGGUACAGAAGUUCAUUUCAAAUCAAGAACUGGGCAGCCUGAUUGCUGAUAUUGGCUGUGGAAAUGGCAAAUAUCUCCAUAUCAAUUCGAAAGUCUACAAACUGGGCUGUGAUUACUGCUUCCCUUUGGUAGAGACAGCAAGAAAUGAUGGCCAUGAAGUAAUGCUAUGUCAUAGCCUAUGCCUACCAUAUCGGAACGAGUGCUUUGAUGCUGUCUUAUCCAUUGCUGUGAUCCACCAUUUUUCAACAAAGGAGAGACGCAUGCAAGCAAUAAAAGAGAUGGCUCGUAUCUUGAGAAUAGGAGGCCAGAUAAUGAUAUACGUGUGGGCAAUGGAGCAAAACCGGCGAAAAUUUGAAAAGCAAGAUAUCUUUGUUCCUUGGAAUCCAUCACCUCCUUCCUGCACAUCGGGUAACCCUUGUUCACGUGGAAUAUGGAAACUGAUUAAUCAGAAGGACAAAAAGCUGGCCUUGAACCAGCACUCCCACAAGUCAGAUGGGCCUUUGGAAGCACACAGGAAAGCAAAGAGUUCAUCCUAUGUGGGGGAGAAGGAAAUUAUGUGCACAUUGUUUGAAAAAUCCCUGAGAUGGUCUCUAGUCUCAAAAUCACUUGGUUCAGCAUUAGACUUGAGUAAUCAGUGGCACCAAGGAGGGAUUUGCACAUACUGCACUUACAAUUUUCAGCUGAGUGAGCCAGAUAGAAAAAAGGAUUUUGAACAAAUAAGGCAAAGUAGCUUUAUGAAGCAUAUUUCCAACUUGCUUCCAAGCUGCAGACCGAUUUCUGAAGAUAAUGCUUUUGAAGUGGCUGUGGAACCAGGGCCACUGGUGUCAUAUCACUCUGUGGCCUUCAAAAGUUGUUCCAAAUUAAGCCAGGACACUAAGCAGCUUCAAGUAGCUGCAGAUAUAACUCAUGAUUGCAGCAGUGUGUGUUUACCUGACCUGGUUUCCCACAACAAAGACCCAGCUGUCACACAGCAACUUAAAAUAGAUCACCACCCAAAACAAGCAACUUUUUGCAGACCCCAAAACAAAAGCAAAAUAAGCAGUUCUUUGGAGGGAACAGGUGGAGAGGAUACAAUAAGCACACAAAACAAACAGCAGCAAACAAGCUCUAAUGGGGCCUGUCUUAGGUAUUACCAUGUUUUUAAAAAAGGAGAGUUGGCUGAACUGAUAGAACAUCAGGUUCCUGAGUUACGUAUUAUUCAUUCGUACUUUGACCAUGCAAACUGGUGCGUAAUUGCAGAAAAGACACCUGGGUGGAACAUUUAGCAGAUGAUUUUGAAAGACACAAAGGGCAGUAGGUGCCUCACUUUUUGAAAGUCAAUAAGAGUUCAGUACCUUUGAAAACCACAUACUAAACCUUUUUUUUCUCAUUGCUUUUAUGCUCUUUGUUUCUUUUACUCUGUGAGUUCCACGAUCAUGUAUCUUUUCAAAAACAUUUUACCCUGACAAAGGGUUUUUGAACCCGAAAGCUUGCUUAAUAACUAUUCUCCAAUCAUUUGGGUUGUUCUAAUAAAAGAUAUCAA